UUUACUAACAUUUUUAAUAUUGAAAUGGACUCAGAUAAUAGCGAAAAAUACGAUAGUGUUUGGUUAAUUUUAACAUCUGUGUAUGCUUUGUAUCGCAUACCAAUUGAGGAACCUUUCGCAUUCUCAGCUCAUUUACUAGGACUUUGGCAUGGAAUAAUAAGUUUUUAUAAGCAUUCAUUGUAUGGCACAAGACACUUAAUGCCGAACUCCGAAGAGCGUAUUGCACGGGUCGAAGAAGCUAAUACUCGUUCAGUAUAUCUAAUGCAAUUUGCAUAUAUACCAUUGAUUAAUAUUGAAUUAUAUAUGGGUUCAGUCACUGAAAUGCAAUUCUUACUUUUACCGGAGGAGGAGAAAACUGAAGAUAAAAGAGCCAAUAUUAUUAAGUUGUGGGAUUUGACUUAUUACGGUUAUCUAGCUUCUUUACUAUAUUAUUCGUAUUCCAGGGAAAGUAUAUUGGGCUUUUUGCUUAUUGCUGCUGCUUCUAUAACAUAUUACGGUCCUAGACAUUUGAUUCCAGAAGAAGAAACUAGCGAAUUAUUGGGUGAAUCGGCAUUUGCAUUAUUAAGCGCUUUUCUUUUUGGAAAUUAAACUUUUUCGAAUAUAGUACCACUAUUUUAAGACUGAACUCUAACAAUAAAAA